UUGGCCGCUUGCUCUCGCCCGGCGGGCCGCCCCGGCCGCACAGGGCCAAGCCGCGGACGGGGGAGGCAAAUGCGAGCGGCAAGCGGAGCGGGCCAUGCGCCGCCGCCUCUGGCUGGGCCUGGCCUGGCUGCUGCUGGCCCGGGCGCCCGGAGCCGCGGGGACCCCAAGCGCACUGCGGAGACCACGCAGCUACCCGCACCUGGAGGGCGACGUGCGCUGGCGGCGCCUCUUUUCCUCCACCCACUUCUUUCUGCGCGUGGACCCCAGCGGCCGGGUGCAGGGGACCCGCUGGCGCGACGGCCGAGACAGCGUGGUUGAGAUCCGUUCGGUUCGCGUGGGCGCCGUGGCCAUCAAGGCAGUGCAUUCGGGUUUCUACGUGGCCAUGAACCGCCGGGGCCUCCUCUAUGGGUCGCGGGCCUACUCUGUGGACUGCAGGUUCCGGGAGCGCAUCGAGGAGAACGGAUACAACACCUACGCCUCGCUGCGCUGGCGCCACCGCGGCCGGCCCAUGUUCCUGGCGCUGGAUGGACUCGGGGUCCCCCGGCGAGGCACCCGGACGCAGCGGCACCAGCUGUCCACCCACUUCCUCCCCGUGCUGGUCUCCUGUGGAUCUUGCUGGGUGGGGUCAGCUGGUGCCUGAGUCAGGCUGCGAGUAGGGGCCACCUGUCCUUCCGCUCGUUCCCAUCUUAAGCUUUCAUAGGUCCCUACUGUGUGCCAGGAACUAGGGACACAAGGAGGGUUCCCCACAGCAAGGCCUGGCCUCGGGGAGCCCAAGCUGUACCCAUGUGUCUGGGAGGAGGGCCUGAAAGUCAAGGCCAGCUGUCAGGUCUGGGAAGGGCUCCGGUGGGACUACUGUGGAGACGGCUUGGAGGCAGGGACACACCAGUGCCGGGGAUGACUAGGGACAGGGUGUCCAGGAGGAGGAGGGUGGGCAGGCUGCCGAGGGCACAGCACACAGGGCCUAGAGCCCUGAGACAGUGAUGGAGGCAGCACCCAAGAGCCAGGCCACAGCCUCAGGACGGCCACAGGACGGACCCUGAGGGCGUCAUCCUGACCAUCCGCUGAGAAGCCGCAGGAGGGUGAGAGGCAGAGAGGGGAAGGGGCCACGAGCCAGGGCUUUGGGCUGUGACUGCGACCUGGGUUCUCCCCCGUCCCGGGAGGCGCAGCCCCUCCACCUUUGCCUGGAUUCAGCCCUGGGAGGCCCGUGUCAGCUCCCGGCCCCAGAACAGUCAGGUAAUAAACGUUACGAACCAUCA